AUGUUUGGUAUGCCUGAGCCUGGAGUCAUAUGAUUGUAUACAAAUAUUUUACAUGUUUAUCAAUCAUGUGAGGUGUACAUAGGGCAUUACAUGAAAUUAUGUCAGCGUAAAUGACAUCGGAGAAGUGAUAAUUUUUUCUUACUUGUGUUGCCUAGUAAAAAACAUGCAGGGUUUACUAAAGAAUUUUUUUAGGAAGUUCCGGGGAAAACAGAACAUUGAAACAAGAGCUAUUUGUCAAACGGACCAGGACACCGGGUUCUGUAGAGAAUCAGCAGCUGAUUUUAAUAAAUGUGGCAAUGAUACUUUACCUACAGAGUCGCACGCUGAAGGACAUUCGCGGAAAUGCGACUUGUCAAACUGUGCAGUUUAUUUCGUUUUUAUGCUCCUGUUUGGAAUUUUCGUUAUUGUUCCGGCAGUGUAUUUACUACACUGUUUCGAUAUUCUAAAUAGCAAAACACCUGCGUAUGUUGAUAUUCCCAUUCGAGGCUAUCAGCCUCAUCGUGCCCAAACUCUGCACCCAAAAAGCAGACCAAAGAAUCUACCGGACCCGCCUGCUCCAUCCGUAAGUCAAUGUUCAGUUGAAAACAGUCUUAAGUUUGACUGUUAUCCAGAGGACGGAUCCAAUGAAGAAGGUUGUCGCAAGAGGGGAUGCUGCUGGAAAUCCGUGUCUGAUAGAAAUAUCAACGAAACACGUAUUUCUUUGGGGAUACCAUACUGCUUUUAUCCCCAAAACUAUGGUAGUUAUAAAAUAAUCAACAGUAGUGAAACUCAAACUGGAGGAGUAGUAUUUUUACAGCGUAUGUUUCGAUCACCAUAUCCUAAUGAUGUGCCUGUUCUACGAAUUGAUGUAAAGCACUGGAAAGAAAAUAAGUUGCGAAUUAAGGUUUCUGAUCCUAACAAUAUUCGGUAUGAACCACCAGUGCCAGAAGUUCCUGCAGAAGAAUUGCUGUCUGUUGAGCCAAACUACAGACUGCAGUUUAAUGGAGCCACCAUUGAUGUGUUGCACAAGUGGACCAACAGAACAUUACUGAAAUUCGGUAUAAACACAUUGACCUUCGCUGACCAGUUUCUGCAAGCAUCAAUGCUGCUGCCAGGUGGCAGCAGUAUGUACGGCCUGGGUGAACACCGUUCGUCUCUGAAACUCUCCACUGAUUGGCAGCGAUUUACUAUGUUCAACCAUGACAGAAUGCCUUUAGAAAAUAAAAAUCUGUAUGGCUCUCAUCCUUUCUUUUUACUUCUUGAUGAGAACAAUAAUAGUUCUGGAGUUUUUCUUCUAAACAGCAAUGCUAUGGAGGUGAUUCUGCAGCCAACACCAGCAGUUACUUUUCGCACAAUAGGAGGAAUCCUGGACUUUUUCGUGUUCAUGGGUCCUUCACCGGCUGAGGUGGUACAGCAAUACCAAGAUAUAGUGGGCUACCCUGCCAUGCCACCAUACUGGGGGCUGGGUUUCCAUCUCUGCAGAUUUGGCUACAAAACACUAAAUUAUACAAAGGAGAUACUGAAGAAAACACAGGCAGCUGGUAUCCCAAUAGAUGUGCAGUGGCUGGAUCUGGAUUACAUGAAUGACAGUAAUGACUUCACUUAUGACAAAGAAAGGUUUGCAGGCCUGCCUAAGUUUGUUGAAGAAUUACAUGAGGCAAACAUGCAUUUUGUACCAUUAAUCGACCCAGGAAUAAGUGCAGGGCAGGUGCCUGGUACAUAUGCUCCUUAUGAUAUGGGUCUUCAGAUGGGCAUUUUUGUUAAAAAUUCCUCAGGGAAACCAUUUGUUGGAAAAGUGUGGAAUCGAGUUUCAACCGUGUGGCCAGACUUCACCAACCCGAUGACUACUACUUACUGGUUGAAACAACUUCAAAACAUGCAUGACUUAUUCCCCUAUGAUGGUGCUUGGAUUGAUAUGAAUGAGCCGUCUAACUUCUAUUCUGGGACAGCCGCAGGGUGCCCUCUCAACAACCUGGACUAUCCUCCAUACUUGCCUGUUCUAGAAGGCGGAAAUCUUUUCUAUCACACCUUGUGUAUGUCUGCCAAGCAGUAUUAUGGCAACCACUAUAAUUUGCACAACUUGUAUGGCCUAACAGAAGCAAUUGCAACAAAUUUUGCCCUGGCAGAGAUCAGAGGAAAAAGGCCAUUUAUCAUAUCUCGUUCUACAUUUUCUGGUAUCGGCCACUUUGCAGGCCACUGGAGUGGUGACAAUUUAUCUGGAUGGUAUGAGAUGAAAAAGAGUAUAUCAGAGUUACUUAGUUUCAGUUUAUUUGGUAUACCACUCAUGGGUUCUGAUAUCUGUGGAUUCAAUGGAAAUACCACAGUGUCCCUCUGCCAGAGGUGGUCUCAACUUGGAGCUUUCUAUCCUUUCAGCAGGAAUCACAACACAGAUGAUGGAAUACCACAAGACCCCGUGUCGCUGGGCCCUGCAGUUGUGGAGUCGGCCCGCAAGGCACUUCUCACGCGGUACCGCCUGCUCCCCUACCUGUACACUCUCUUCUGGAGAGCUCAUGCCUUUGGUGACACUGUUGCACGGCCUUUAUUCUUUGAAUUUGUGCAGGAUGCAGCUACCCAUAGUUUGGAUGAGCAGUUUUUGUGGGGUUCAAGUCUAAUGAUUGUUCCUGUUCUGGAAGAGGGUGCAACUACAGUAGAUGCCUAUCUGCCAGCAGCGCUGUGGUAUGAUUCACACACCUUGACAAGUGUGGAAUCGAGUGGUAAAUGGUACACCUUCAAUGCCCCUUUAGAUACAAUACCAAUUUUUAUUCGAGGUGGCAGCAUUCUACCAACACAGGCUCCUAACAUGACAACCAUAGAUAGUCGCAAAAAUGACUUUGAGCUCAUUGUAGCAGCUGAUGAAGAUGGUCAUGCUGAGGGCUCUUUGUACUGGGAUGAUGGAGAUUCUAUGAAUACAUAUGAAAGUGGGCAGUACACUUUACUGAAUUUUACUCUGGAUACGUCAGUGCUGAGCAGUAAUGUAGUACACUACGGUUACCACACACCGAUGAUUCUUGAUGGUGUGCUCAUUAUGGGAGUGCCAGGUCCAGUUAACACAGUUAUUAUCAGUGAUGAGAAAUGGCCUUUUUCAUAUGAUACAACUAAUAAGUGUCUACUCAUAAAGGACAUGAAAAUCUCAUUACACAAGAAUUUCUCAGUCCACUGGUCAUAAAACACAUUUAGAGACUGAGAAUAGAAGAGUCAAGAGGCUGCUGUUUUUUCCAAUAGACUAAUCAUUGCUUCUGAGUCUUAGUGAUUCUUCAUUAUCGUGUCUACAUUUUAUGUACCAUUCUAUAAUAAACUUGGAUAGGACAAUACUGAUGCAUUGUAUUAAUUUAUAUAUCUUAUUAUUGUGUUUAUCAUUUACUGUAUUCUAGCAGUCUGAGUUAUUUGUGGCUUAUGCAUCAUAAUUUUUAUUUCAAGUGCACUAUUGUAUUAGUGUUUGAUUCCCAAAUGUACAGAUCUUAUUUUUCUUUGAUUUCUUCAUUAUACAGUUCGCCAAACUGAAAAAGAAUUCCCUGAUAAUUGCUCUAAUUUAUAAUAAUUUUGAUUAUUUAUGUUCGCACACCCUGAAACAAACCAUAACAAAACUGGUAACCAUUCAUUUCAAACUAACUGUGGUAUGCAUGUUAAUUGUAUCGUGUAUCUACAAGAAAUGUACCAUUUUACAUUAGUGUUAAGACACUAUUUUCAUUUUGACACAAAGUAGAUCACUUUUACAGAGACAA